AUGAAUGACUCCUGGGGAGGAAGUCUCCCCCGCGUUUCCGUCCCCGACGUUGCCGAGUCUCCCGUCCUCGUCCGGGAAUUCGCCGAAAACCGCAACUCCGACCGUUUAGGCCACUCGGUUCGAGGCCAUUUAGCAAUUUGCACUAUUUCAAGUCGAAUUGAAGUUUGGCAGGUGUUUGACAGGUGGACUUUGGCUGCUUAG